AUGGUUGAGCCCACUUCGGACAAUUUGGAAGUGGAUGAAGCCAUCGCCCUCCCGGAUGGUGUGAUCAACUGUACCGAAUUGAACCGCCUGUUGAAAUACUUGGUCGAAGGUGUAUCGAAAAUAGCCAAGGAUUUCGAGGAACUUCAAACAUCUAAUGACGAACGAUUCCAAAUGUUCGAGGAUGCUAUCGCUGACGCGAAAGACCAAACUGAAACUGAAGAGGAAGAGCAACCCACAUUGAUCCCGUGCGGAGUGCCUAUUGUCAGCGAGCCAGAACAAACAGAAACAGCGCUCGAAAAGGAAAAUCUCCCGAGUGAAGUCACCUCAGAGACACUAUUGAACGAAAUCGAUGAACAAGCGAACAAGUUCCGGGAACACGAAUCAAAGCUACUCGCGAUUAUAGGCGAUCUCGAACAGCGACUGGAAAAGGUGGAACAGUUGUUCUAUCAAAAACUGGAACGGUUGUCCGGCGAUUUCCAGCAGUUCCAAACGUUGGUUGAGAGCAAACACAACAACCUGGAGGACGCCACAUCGACUGCAUCGAUGCAGCAAACAGCCAGCUCUGCCGAGCAGAUGUGUAAGUUGGCCGAAUUUACCGACAAACUGGACGAACUGCAGAGGCAGAUGGAGCUACUGCUCAGUCACCGGGAUCAACUACCGCUCCGCAUCGAAGCUCUGCUAGAGGAAAAGCUAAAGGAAGGCGAAUUUACUGCUACCGGCAAGAAACUUCGUCGCGUGGGUAGUGUCAGUUCAGCGAAGUCUUCGGUUACACCCUGCAAAUCAAUGUCCCACGGUCGGAUGACGGAAUCGGCCGCAACGACCCAAGCACUGAUGGAAAACUUAAGCUGUCUCUCCUGUGACACGAAGAACGUAGUACAGCGGAUGCGUAACGGACGCUAUCUGGCACCGCGAACGAGCGCAAAAUUGGCCAUUGUGGCACGAAGACUUGAAGAGUCGGAUGAUGUACCCAGACUGAAGCCAGGUUCGAGGUUUAGUCGUACUUGCGGCGGUUCUUACACGGUUGUCAAACCGGACGAAAGAGUAUUCAAGCAAGUGAAUGUACAGUUUAAUCACACGAUUCAGGAAGAAAACUCGGAACAAGACUGUUGAGCUCGUGGAGAGUGGAGAAGUAGGCCGUGAUAUAUUAGAUAUCAAAUUAACAUCAUCAAUCCAAGCAUCCUAUUGUACGAAAACAUUUUGCCCGAAGUAAAGCUGUGGUCCGAUCUGCUCUUGUUGAGGCUCUAAACUAAAAGUGUAUUCCGAAUUCCACGUAAAUGGCAUCCUUUCGACCGAAAAUGAAACCUUUGAAACAGAAAAGCUGCUGCUGUCUAGCGGCACACGAGGAAGAUCGGAACGGUUUAGGGGGUGGUAGAUGGACUGGUGGCAACCACACGGUGACAUAUCCAGAGGAGCGUGUGCUUCGCGACGUCCGCUACACUGGACAGCAAUCGAAAUCGCAAUCAUGUGGAACAACUAAAUUGAAACAAUUAAUCAG